UUGAAAUUGAAUAACAAUUUUGGCAACACUGAAGUGUCAAAUGUCAAAACUGUCAAGUGUCAUUAAACUGUCAUCAAUAAGAUUUAGUUUUUUUAUUAUUUCGUCCUUUCUGUCAAUUCGGCUUUUGGAUUAAACAGGUUAUUAAAAAUGGCCAAACGCACGAAAAAGGUCGGAAUCACUGGCAAAUAUGGCACACGUUAUGGUGCUUCAUUGCGUAAAAUGGUUAAAAAGAUGGAAGUGACUCAACAUGCUAAAUACACUUGCUCUUUCUGUGGAAAGGAUGCAAUGAAGCGCUCAUGUGUUGGCAUCUGGUCAUGCAAGCGCUGCAAAAGAACAGUAGCUGGUGGCGCUUGGGUGUUCUCCACAACAGCCGCGUCAUCCUGCCGCUCAGCUGUGAGAAGGUUACGUGAAGUAAAGUAAUUACCUCUCACACAUUAGGAUAAGAUAAUAAAUUGUAAAAAAAAAAUUU